GUGCUUUGAGCCCGCCAAAUGGGAGGGGGAGACGCAAGAUGGCGGUAGCCGCGAACUCUGGCUCCAGCCUCCCGCUGUUCGACUGCCCGACCUGGGCAGGUAAACCUCCACCUGGUUUACAUCUGGAUGUAGUCAAAGGAGACAAACUAAUUGAGAAACUGAUUAUUGAUGAGAAGAAGUAUUACUUAUUUGGGAGAAACCCUGAUCUGUGUGACUUUACCAUUGACCACCAGUCUUGCUCUCGGGUCCACGCUGCCUUGGUCUACCACAAGCAUCUGAAGAGAGUUUUCCUAAUAGAUCUCAACAGUACACACGGUACUUUCUUGGGGCACAUUCGGUUGGAACCUCACAAGCCUCAGCAAAUACCCAUCGAUUCCACGGUCUCAUUUGGUGCAUCCACGAGGGCAUAUACUCUACGUGAGAAGCCUCAGACAUUGCCGUCAGCUGUGAAAGGAGAUGAGAAGAUGGGUGGAGAGGAUGAUGAACUCAAGGGUUUACUGGGGCUUCCAGAGGAGGAAACCGAGCUUGAUAACCUGACAGAGUUCAACACUGCCCACAACAAGCGGAUUUCCACCCUCACCAUUGAGGAGGGGAAUCUGGACAUUCAGAGACCAAAGAGGAAGAGGAAGAACUCACGGGUGACUUUCAGCGAGGAUGAUGAGAUCAUCAACCCAGAGGAUGUGGAUCCCUCAGUUGGUCGUUUCCGGAACAUGGUGCAAACUGCAGUGGUCCCAGUCAAGAAGAAGCGGGUGGAGGGCCCUGGCUCCUUGGGCCUGGAGGAAUCAGGGAGCAGGCGCAUGCAGAACUUUGCAUUCAGUGGAGGACUCUAUGGGGGCCUGCCCCCCACACACAGUGAAGCAGGCUCCCAGCCACAUGGCAUCCACGGGACGGCGCUCAUCGGGGGCUUGCCCAUGCCAUACCCGAACCUCGCUCCAGAUGUGGACUUGACUCCUGUUGUGCCAUCAGCAGUGAACAUGAACCCUGCACCAAACCCUGUCGUUUAUAAUCCUGAAGCUGUAAAUGAACCCAAGAAGAAGAAAUAUGCAAAAGAGGCUUGGCCGGGCAAGAAGCCAACACCUUCCUUACUGAUUUGAUAUUUUUGGUCAUGGA